GUCGUCGCUCGGAGGCCGUGAGUUGCGUUCAUUGCGCCAAGAGGAGCCACGACGAGAGGACACGGAGGCGGCUGCCCCCGCGUGCUGAUCAACGACGUUGAAGUGCCGACGCGCGGUUCUUCGAAAAGAGGCUGCUGCUCCCCCACCUCCCUACCCCCCCGGCAGCCCCUUGUCAAGGAUUCGUCCUGACUCUGUGAUAUUGAAGACUGUGCCAAGAAACGCAAGAUGAUGGAGGACGAUCAGCAGUUCUGCCUUAGGUGGAACAACCACCAAUCCACUCUAAUACAGAAUUUCGACACAUUACUGGAGUCCGGCACGCUAGUUGAUUGCACGCUGGCGGCGGAGGGGAAAUACCUAAAGGCCCACAAAGUCGUCCUCUCCGCCUGCAGUCCGUACUUUGAGGGUCUCUUGAGUGAACACUACGAUAAACACCCAGUCUUCAUACUCAAGGAUGUAAAAUUCAAAGAACUGAAGGCCAUGAUGGACUACAUGUACAGGGGAGAGGUGAAUAUAUCCCAAGACCAGCUGCCGGCUCUGCUUAAAGCAGCAGAGUCCCUACAAAUAAAGGGCCUAUCGGAGAAUAGAACGGGGGGUAGCGGCGGCGCCACGACCGGCAAACCCGACACGAAGCCAUUGAAAACGGCGAGCUCGACGACGGCCUUGUCGGCGGUCGACAUUCCACACGCGUCUUCCGGUCUAACCAUAGAGAAGAACAGCAAAGUUCCUAGGCAGAGUAUACAGCAGGUCUCCGUUAGUGACCUGCCCGAGGACUCGGCCAGCCCUCAACUCAGGGGUCUCUCCUCCAGGGAAGGAUCACAAAGUCCGACCAGGAGAAGAAGGAGGUUGCGGAAAAAAAGUGUGGGCAACGAUGAUAACUCGAUGGAAAAUCACGAAGCAUCAAACUCGAGCGACGUAAAUAUCGGUGCACCAGCGCUAGGAGUCGCGCCAGUCGCGGAUGAGAAAAGCCAUGCCGAUCCUGCGGAUUCGAUCGGCAGGUCAGCUCUUAUGCAGCAACUCACGAAACCCGCUGACGAGAUGCUUCAGAUUCCCAUUGAAAAACCUGAGCCCAGCGAUGAAAUGAUACAGCCAAAGUCUGAGUACCUGGAUGACCAGGAGAGUGUGGAAGAUCUUACGAAUUUGGAUGAUGAUAUGAAUGACCUCAACGAAAUGGAACAAGACAAUAGUAGAGCGGGCCCGAGUCACGAUCCUUCCCAACAUCCUGGUGGGUGGUUGUCGGGUCGCGGUACAAAGAUCUCUCCUUCGCGGUCUCGUUCCAAGAGCGGCGUGCGUUUCAUCGUUGCGCACGAUCAUCAAUUAGCCGUGGAGACGCUGCUACGCUCGCUCGCCGGCAAGCACGGCAGGAAGUAUAGCUUAGAGUCGGUUAGGAUGUCGCUGGAGGCUAUUCUGAAGCAGGGCAUUAGCACAACCCAAGCGUCGGAGUUAUAUGGCAUCAAUCGGUCGACUUUGCAGUUUUAUUUGAAAAAGUUGAACGUCGUGAGGAGAUGGCGUAGGCGAUUGAGGCAACAGUCCCACGACCUUGCUACCGACUCCCAACAAUGUCUCGCGUCGUGGCACAUAGCUGGAAUGCGAGGCGUGGGUGCCGCAGCUGGACCGCCCGGAUCGCAAGACGAAGUUUUCCUCGCCGCGCACGAAGCCGCCCAAGCCCAACGCGACUCUCAAGUUUUGGAGAUUGACAAUAUGUCAAUUAAUCGUGUUAAUCAUUACGAUAACAAUGAGGACUCCGAUACAUUGCAAUACUCGAUAAUUUUAAAUAAGAAAAUCCAAAAACCGAAAAAAGAAUCGACGGUGGAUAUUAAUGAAAGGUAUCAGCAAUACUCUAUACAAAGUGUCGGUAAUGUUGAAGAAAAUAAUCAGGUGAUGACAAUGACGAGAGAAAGACAAGGGAGACGAAGAUUGGAUAGAUUAGCCAAGACAAAGUUGAUCGUCGAAUCACAAAUAAAGCAAAUUCCAGUAACUAAAGUAACAAAAAGAAAAAGGGGUCGCCCGCCAAAAGAAGAAAGUAAUAUUAUAAAAAAAAGACCAGGAAGACCGCCAAAUUAUCUUAAAAGCCUACAGCAAGCAUUUGAGCACGAUCGAUCAAAGACAUCCUUGAAUAAAAGAAAGCUUAAAAAAGAAUCGCGACGUAAAACGAUGACUGGCACGAAUAUAAAGGAAUGCGAUUACGAUGCUCUAUUAAAAAAUCAAAUGGUGAUUUUACAAAAAUCGUAUAAUAAAUCAAGAAAUAAGUUCGAAUCGUUAAUAAAAGAAUUGAGAAUGUCAUAUGCACCGGAGGCUAAAGUUAUGAAGAAAAAACGUGGUAGACCUGCGAAGAUUCUUAGUAUGCCUGUUCCACAAAAGGAUGUAAUGGCAGGUUUAUUAAAUAAAAAAUCAGAAAAGCGACGCAAAAAAUUAUCCAUAAGUGACGAAAGUGAAGCAAUUACAAAUAUCAUUUCAAAUGUUCAACAUCAGUCUAAUGUAAAAACUUCUGUCUAAAUGUUUAGCUUUAAUCUGUAAUAUUA